AUGCACUUCAUCUUGAACCUCAAGAGUGUACACUACGUCGAGGAACUUUGGAUCAGCACCGACCUCGGCACUGACGACACCUCGCUCAAGAAGGUCGACACCAUCAGAGCACUUCCCUGCGCCGACAAGCCCUUGGACCUGUUUGCAUUCAUCGAUGUUGACCACCGUGUCCUUACCAAGAAGGAGAUCACCAUCGACUCCUGCCUCAACUUCGAGACCUCGAGACCUCGAUCCCGCCUGCCAUCAUUCGACAUGCUGGGCCUGUUACGCGAGGUCUUCAUGAAACGAUGCAUCCUCGAGCAGCUCAACAACGUCAAUGGGAAUGCGAUGACGAUGACCGUCACGAAGAACGUCGAUGGUGUCAACAAUAUUUGGGAGGUCGACCCCAUGACAUGGUACCUGUACCUGACAUGGAGAGCCAUUCAGUGCCGCUGUGACCAAGAGUGCCGGCAGUACAUGACAGGAUCGCAUCGGUUUGAGGGCUGGCAGAGCUGUGGUGGGCCGGUCAAAGCGAAGCUUCGCCAAGUUGAGCACAGCGCGGAGCUCUCAUACAGGUCUCUAAAAUGCAGCGUUAUGAUUAGAUUAAUCGAAGAGAAAGCGGUCGAUAUCAAAGCAAAGGGCCAGGGUCAAUAG